AUGUCAUGGGAAGAUUUAGAGUUUCAAAAUAUUACAAAUGGAGGAAGUUUGAAUCAAUAAUAAAUAGAUAAGUUGAAGAAGGAGAAAUAAAAAUUUAAUUAUUAAUUGCAAAAAACUUUAGAUUUUAUAAAUACAGGAAAUUAUUCUAUGUUUGAGCAAUUCAAUAUUGAUUAUUUGUAUUAAAAGUGGAAAAAACUUGAAGUUAAAUAUAUAAGCAUGGUAUGUCCUAUUAAGAGCAAAAUUGAAAAAUAUAAAACUUAGGAACCAUAUUCUCAUUCGAUUAUUCUCGCUGCUAAAGUAAUUUAAGAUUAAAGCGAUCUUCUCAAAUUAUUCAACAUUAUGAAUAUAAAUUCAAUUAAAAUUCCUUUAAUUAUAGAAUCUGCUAUUGUGUGUUUAGCAGUUUUCUUAUUUAUUGCUAAUUAUGGAUAUUUUUAAUUACUGCAAGUAUAGAGACCGAUUGAAAUAUUGAUUAAAUUUUUGAAAAAAAGCCUUUAAUAAUAGCAUCAGUGUUAAGUAUAAAUUUACACUAAAAAAGAUGAGAAGGUGGUUAAUCUUUCUAAUAUCUAAAAAAUGAUAUUCAGAAAAAGAAAUACCACAACCAAUUUGACAAAUAAUUUUAGUAAAUUUAAAAAUGAAGAUUAAGUAAAUACUUUACUUUCACCAGUUCAUAAUGAAACUCCUUCAUAAACGACAUUUAAUAAUUUAUAAUUUGUCAAUCAAUGGAAUUAGCUUGAUAGAAGACUAGAGUAAAACAAAACAAUUCAGCUAUUUUCAAAAGUUAAUCUGAAUAGUAAAGCUAAUCUAGAAGAUCAUACUCAAGUAGAAUAUCUUGAUAGCUGCAUUUUAAAAAAUAAGAAAUAGAGACAUUAUUCCCAACAAAACUUUAAAUCAAAUUAAACUUCAUUUAAAAACUCUACCCAACAACUCUUUAACUAUGAUCUAAACAAUUAAGGUAACAAUUCUUAAAAAAAUUAUUCCUCAUUUAGGAGUUUUAAAAACUCACCAGAGUCUAAUUUGAGUAACAGAUUCUCAUCUUUGAGUUAAAUAACUUAAGAAUAAAAAAAUAAAGAUGAAAACAAAGAAAAAAUACUCUAAGGUUUGAAACCUUUAUUUCUAGAAAUGCAGAUAAUUAAAGAAGCUUUCUAAAAUUUAGAGAGAUUAAUAAAUUAUAAGAUUGAUGCCAGCAAUCCAAAUUAGCAGGAUAAAAUGAAUACUUUAUAUCACUUUGCAAAGGCUAAAAAUACAUUUUAAAUGCUGAAUAAUUAGAAUGGAUUGAGUCGCUGCUAUUUCAAUUUAGGAGUAAUUUAUAUUUUGAGAAACGAGUUUAGUUUAGCUUCUCAAUAUUUAGAAUCGUCAGUUUGGUUAACUAUGGCUUUGAUUGGUAUUGACUCUUUGUAUAAAAUUAAAGAUAAAUAUGCUUUGUAACACGAUACAGAAUAGGAGGAAUGGCUUUUAAUAUUUAGCAAAAGAAUAUUUUCUCUUGCUUACAGCUAAAAGCAAGCUGCAUUUUAAAUUAUUUACUAAGAGAAAGAAGAUUAUUUAAUUUAAAAUUCUUCUUUGAAAAGUUUUUAGCACAAGCUUAUUCCUCCUGAUUAAAUGCAACAAAUUAAGUCUUUGUUAAAAAAAUCUUUAGAUUAUUUUAAUGCCAUUUAAAAUUUAUUUAAUAAUAGAAGUCAAAGUAUCUCAGAGAUAUUUUAAAUUUACAUUUACCAAGAAAUUACAGAAAUUUUAAUUCAUUUAGACCACAAAAACUACUGCAAAUAAAUAAAAAAUUAUACUAAUAAAAUUGUUCAAUUACUAAGCAAGAUUAAUCGCUAGAAAUUUAAAAUUAACUAAAGACCCAUAAGCUUAAAUGAUUACAAACUUAGUGAGGAAAGUCAUCAUAUUAUCCAAGAGGAAGAUAUAGAAUAUUUAAGCAACUCAAAUACGAAUUAAAAUGAUACACAAAUAUUUAACUAAGAAAUAAUAAAUAAAAUGAUAGAUGUAAUUAAUAAUAGACAAAAAGUUAUUCUAGGAUAUUUAGAACUCGUUCAGGAGAAUCAUUUCAUAGCAAUCGAAUAUCUUACUUAGAGCCUAGAAGAAGGGAAAUUUUACAGCCCUCUCCUAAGAAAAAAAACAAUAUUUUAUCUAAAUCAACUAUUUGAAGAAGUAUCUUUUAAAUAGGAUUUCAUUGAUGAACUAAUUCUUAAUCUAGAUGAUUCAGUGAAAAUAGAUCUUACCUUGCUUCUUUAGAUGAGUUCUUUCUAAUAUAAUUUUAUCUUUGACAACUGCUUAUAAAACUUUGUUAAAUAGAAUUUUUUUAGGCCAUAAGACAGGAUAUAAGUGAUAAUAUUUAAUGAAAAUCUAGAAGAAUUCCUUCCAUUAACAAUAAUUUAAAGUUAGCAUCAUUUGGCCUCAAUAAUUAAUUCCAUUUAAAGUUAUAAAAAAUAAUCUAUUCAAAAUUAUAUGAAAAAUGCUUCCUCAUAAUUAAAUUGGUAAUCUGCCCUUAUACAAUCGCUUGAAAAUAUAUAAAGAGCUUAGGAUUAAAAGAUAAAAUACACAUUAAUAGAAUAAAAAAGUAAUAAUCCUAUUCUCUAAAAAGUAGAAUGCCAAACAAAAAUUAAUAAGUUUUGUCUUGAUGAAGAUGAUUAUAAAAUGUAAUCUAGUUUAUUCUCUUACGAACCUUUCAUUAGCGAAAAUGAAUUGAUGAUCAGAUUAAAAAAGUUAAGAGAAGAAGAAGUAACUAUAUACCAAAAAGAAUUCCUUUCCAUCCUUAACCAUUUUUGA